UAUCAAACAAUCGCGUAAAAUGAUAUCAAUAAGAACACCGGCACGGCCGCUUUCAGGUUUCUCUCUGGUACAACAAUGUUUUAGUGAUUAUGUCUGAUUUUCAGCGUGAAUAAAGAGUGUAAUUCACUGCGUAUUUAUCCAUAAAUAAAAAAUCAAACCCAAUCAGAUCAAUUAAUUUAUGAUGAAAGUGACAUUUUUCACUGAAUCGGUAGUAUGUUGUGCUGCACGAAUCGGUAUACUAAGUGGAUUUGAAAGGUUCCCUAAUCUUUCCUUCGAAACACCUCUGCUUCUUACUUACACAAAGGGUGGCAGUGUGCCACAUUUAACAAAAGAUGUAUUUAAAAUGGUUACUUCGGAGCAGCAAUUGUUAUCAGUCUCACUCUCCUCUACUAUAUUAAUGGCAGAUAGUAUUAAAGAACUUAAUAUUUCUUUCGCUGACUUUGUUGGCAUGAAGGACUACCUCAACUUGUUAUCAAUACAUGAUCCCGCAGACACUACUAACUCUGGUUUCCAGCAACUGGAUUCCAUCUCAAUUUGGCCCAGAACAGGAAGAUCUCGCCUUACAGCCAAAAAAUAUAUGGAACUUGUACAAACUUUCAAACCAGAUCUCUAUGUUGCCCUAUGCGAUGGAGAUACAAACAUCAACAGCAGCGCAAAACGAGUGUCCAAUGCUGUUGAUCGUAGCAAGAUUUUACUGGAGCAGUGUCUAAGUAUACAUCAAGACUCAGGCAUGUUGAAGUCGACAGGAAUAUUAGGUGCAGUACAGGGUGGCUAUAAUUUAGAAGCUAGAAAGGAAUCUAUCGAUCAUUUGAAAAACAUGCCUCUAACAGGAUUCAUAAUAGAUGGGCUACACAACAAUGGACCAAGUGUGCAGAAUAUCUCAUCUAAAUUAAUUAAACAUGUAGUGCAACAUACUACCAACUUACUGCCUGCUGAUAAAAUAAGAGCGUCGAUGGGUUGUUGGAAUCCAGCUACAGUGCUAGACCUGAUUGAACUAGGAGUAGAUAUAUUCGACUCGUCUUAUCCUUAUAUAAUUAGCGAACAAUCGCAGGCUUUGGUUUUCAUGUGUGAUGACGAUUCUUGCGAAAAUCAAUGUGUAAUAUCAGUAACAAAUAAGAGGUACAAAGAAGACUUUUCUCCGAUUUGUAUGAAAUGUGCGUGUCUUACAUGUCGAAAUCAUACAAGAGCAUAUCUUCAUCAUUUACAACAUACUCGGGAAAUGCUUGGCUCAGUACUUCUAAUGAUACACAACAUUCAUUAUUAUCUCACAUUCUUCGCUGCCAUACGUGAUGGCCUGAAAAAUGGAACGUUCGAUCAAUUUCAAACAAAAAUUCGUUUGAAGUAUGCAACCACUAACUUCAAAUGAUCAAUUACAUUAGCAUUAUUACAA